CCAAAUGUACAGAAAAAAUUUCAUUCAUCUCAAUUCACACACACACACACUCUCACCAUUUUCAGGCCUGCAAAAUGACCAAUAAAGCUUGCACCUUAUAAUCAUUAUAAAAAACAAAGCAUGCACACCAUUUGUUUGUUUAAAUUCCCCACUGAAUAUUUUUUUUAACAUUUUCAUUCAUACCCUUCAGUUCACCCCCCCCCCCCCCUCCACUAAAUUUAUUGCUUCUAGUUUUUCAUCUCACUAAAUCACAAUGGCUGCUGUAAUGCUUCUGCUGGUUGUACUGUGUGCUUUCAUGGUGGUAAAUGAAGCUUCAUUGGCUGAAUCUGACAAGAUUUUGAAGUUACCUGGACAACCAACUGUUGAAUUUCAACAAUUUUCUGGUUAUGUGACUGUAGAUGCAAAGAAAAACAGAGCACUUUUCUACUAUUUUGUGGAAGCUGAAGUUGAUCCAGUUUCAAAGCCAUUGGUUCUUUGGUUAAAUGGAGGCCCUGGAUGUUCAUCACUUGGUGUAGGAGCAUUUUCUGAAAAUGGGCCUUUUAGACCAAAUGGUCAGGGGUUGAUAAGAAAUGAGUAUAGCUGGAAUACAGAGGCAAAUAUGUUGUAUUUAGAGACACCAGUAGGAGUAGGGUUCUCUUAUGAUGCAUCAAACUCAUCUGCUUAUGAGGUUGUAACUGAUGCAAUAACAGCUAGGGACAAUCUUGUGUUCUUGCAUAAAUGGUUCUUGAAGUUUCCUCAAUAUCAGCAGAGGGAUCUGUUCAUUACAGGAGAAAGUUAUGCAGGCCAUUAUAUACCACAACUAGCAGAACUUAUGGUUAAAUUCAACAAAAAGCAGAAGAUCUUCAAUUUAAAAGGAAUUGCUUUAGGAAAUCCAGUUUUGGAGUAUGCAACUGAUUUAAACUCGCGGGCCGAGUUUUUUUGGUCUCAUGGUCUUAUAUCGGAUUCGACAUACAAAUUGUUCACUUCUGCGUGUAAUUAUUCGCGCUAUGUGAGUGAAUAUUAUAGAGAUUCGGUCUCUCCAAUAUGCGCGAAAGUUUAUAGUGAAGUAAGCCGCGAAACCAGUAGAUUCGUGGAUAAAUACGAUGUCACUCUUGAUGUUUGUAUUCCGUCGGUACUCUCACAGUCCAAGAUCAUUGUUCCUCAGCAAGUAACCGAGAGGGUCGAUGUUUGUGUGGAAGAUGAAACCGUUAACUACCUUAACCGACGCGAUGUCCGUAGAGCGCUGCAUGCGCGUUUGGUUGGAGUACGGAAAUGGGAUGUUUGUAGCAACAUCCUAGACUAUGAACUGCUCAACAUCGAGAUACCUACAAUCAACAUUGUGGGAUCACUUAUCAAAGAAGGGAUUCGCGUUUUGGUUUAUAGUGGCGAUCAGGAUUCAGUAAUCCCGUUAAUGGGAAGCCGAGCUUUAGUCAAUCAACUUGCAACCGAACUAGGACUCAAAACAACGGUACCAUACCGCGCGUGGUUCGAGGGGCAACAGGUUGGAGGGUGGACUCAAGUGUAUGGGAACAUAUUCUCGUUUGCAACGGUACGAGGUGCGUCGCAUGAAGCGCCAUUCUCGCAACCACAGAGAUCGUUGGUGUUGUUUCGGUCGUUUCUAAAGGGAAAUCCGCUACCCGAAACGUUUUGACAGUGGAUAAUAUGAAUAAAGUUAUAAUCUUGAUUUGGCAUUGUAAGUAAAUUUUGUCAUGAUAAUGGUAAUCUGUAAGUGAGUUAACCUCUUUUUUUUUUUUUUCUUUUUAUUAUUUUUUUGACUUGGAAAUGUUGUGGAAAUUGAAAUAACAUUUGCAAGAUUGCUUGAAUGUUACCAUGUUUUGGUUGUGUA